GGAGGGAAAAUUUGCGAGCAAGUAUUUAAGUGAUGGGCUUUGCAGUGUGUUUCUCCGAUGUUCAUCUACUUGAAGUUGUAAACUUAAUUAUUAUAAAACACAGCAAGUGAGAAAGGAAUAAUAAUGGCGCAAUCUUCAAUAACAUCAUAUUUUUCAACUCGUAAAAGAGCCGUAGCUGAGGAUAUUAUUAACACAAAGACACGGAAUGUUGACAGUGAGCUGCAGAAAUAUUAUGAUGUGCCAAACCUUAAGCAGCAAACGGGAAUGCGCACCCGUUCUGGACGUGUGAUUAAACGCACUGGCUUUCAAGAUACCAUUGAAAUAACGGAGUGUCAUGUUUCUCCUCGCAAAAUAAGCAAAGUUGAAGGAGUAAGCAAAGAUCAGAAAAAGGUUCCGAUAUUCUCAAAAAAAGGUUGUUUGUCGCCAAGAACGACCGUGAGAACUGUUGCCAAGAGUAAACAGAAAUUGAAUGAAAUAGCACUCUGCCCUGCCAACACCAUAUCGGCAACAGAUUCAGCAACGAAAAAUGAUGCCUUUCCUAAUGAAAAGUCUCUUAGGACACCUACCAAGCAGGUUAUAAAAAUUUGUGGGCCACCAAAACCAGUGGAAUCGAAGUUGCUGGUUAAGAAGGAACUUAAUUACGAUGAGAUUAACAAAAAAAUAUCGAAAAGCGUUAAAUUGCAAGAGCUUAAGGCUUCGCUCAAAAGAAUACAAGACAUUGAAAAAACACGCAAGAUUCAAGAAGAAAGGGGACGAGCAGUGCCUUCAAAAAAAAUCUCAGUCGCGCAGUUAAAGGAAUUUGACAUCAGUCAAUUGGAAGUGUUUAGUAGCCCCUCCAAAAUGUUGAAGACACCUACUAAUACGCCGCCAUCGACACCCGGUAAAAAUGAGCUUAUGUCAACACGCCAUACCGACGUUUCAAAAAGUCUUCUAUUUAGUCCUUCUAAGGACGAUUCACCUUCCAAGAUGGUUGUAGUGCCGGCAUAUCAGCGUUUUCUGAAUUUGACUAAAGUUGAGAAAUAUGACCAACUAUACUUACCAUUUAAAUAUCGUCAUUUAUUGGAGAUUUUCAAAGGUUUGGACACAGUUUGCGCUAUGUUUCAUAAUCGAAAGGAAUGCAUUACAUUCAAGAAACUAAAACCAACGGUACAGCGAAUGUUACGUAAAAAUUUCAAUGAAAAACAUCUGGCUCAAAUCAAAACUAUUUCACCGGACGCUUACACAUUCACCCAAACGAAAAUGCGUAAUUAUGGAUCUACAUCUAAGGCUGAUUACUUUCAGUUGGUCAUAACACCGAAACUUAGAAAUGUGGCUGAACCGCAAACAUUGUGUAAAGUUGACGAAAAUGAUAUAUUGGUCGCGGCGGAAAAUAGUGCCAUGAAUCCACAAAUAAUAACCCAACGCUUGCAACAUUUUCACUUUGGACUAUUACAACGAGUAAAAGACGAACAUGAUAAAUUUUUGAAAUCAUUAAAUCCACCGCUUUCCAUACCCAAAGGAAAAGUUACACGUUGGCAUCCAGAUUUUGAUUUAGAAAAUUGUCCAGAUAUUGAAUUAGCACAUUUGCCGCAACCACCAAACGUGCAAAAGUAUUCUUCGGCUAAAGAUAUUUUGUUGACAAGUCGUAAUUUAUUUCAUAGCAACAUUCGUGAAGGAAAGGUAGUGGAAUUCGAUGAGAAUAAACUGAAUCAAACCGAAGAAACAAUAAAUCUUACCAAACAGCAAGGUUUCAAUGAUAACAGCAACGCUGAGACAGGAAUUGAGACAAAAGAAGAAAAUAAAACAGCGGAUCCUGUAAAAACUACUGAUUUACUGAAAGGCAUUCCCAAAGCGUUGUUGGAUAAAAUUCGGGCCAAGGAGGCAGCAAAUGCAAUAGAGGCGAUGACUCGACGACCUUCGCAAACUCAGGAAGCUGCGCAGUAUUCACGUCUACCCGAGCUGGCACGUUAUUUGCGUAAUGUUUUUGUCACUGAACGUAAAGGAGUUUUAACUCAGGAAUUUAUUAUUAAGAAAGUUCAAAAUAGUUUUCGAGCUUGUCUCAGUUCACAAGAGAUACAGCAUCAUUUACAAUUGAUAGCCAAGGAAAUGCCAACAUGGUUAGCGUUUCAUGACGUUCGUAAAACUAUGUAUUUGAAGAUCAACAAGGAAAUGGAAUUGGCUGAAGUGAUCGAACGUCUAGAGUCCGUGGCAAACGGCAAAUGUAAAAUUUAGUAUAACAUUGAAGAAGUACUGAAUGAUAACUUAAUUUGACUUAAAUGUUUUAUGUUUUAUUUUCAUUUGUCUUCAUUCUACCAUAAUGAGCAUUAAAUUUGCGCAAGCA